AUGGAAAAAAGUGCAAAAAAAAGACCUCAAGUUGCAGACCUCAAGUUGCAAAGACCAAAGUUGCAACCAUAUAAUGCGUUGGAAAAUCUUUAUGAUAUAUCUACCUGUAGAUGCAAUUUGAACGAAGUUCCCUGCUAUGAUGAUAAGGUCAAAUGCAAAUAUCUAACCUGCAAUAAUAAACAUUUAGUAUGUGUUUGUCCUCCAGAGUGCAAGAUUCCGCUGAAGGAACAAGAAUACAUCAAAGACCAAAGAUCACAAAAUGGCACAAAAGGAAACAUUCAGUUAGGGCCAGUAGAUUGGAGCUCAGUAAAAAAAGAAAAAAGAAGAGUAGGAAAGUGUUCUAAUGUUAAAGUACCCUCAUGUGAUAAUGGCGAAUCAUCUUUUGAUAUAAAUUUGGAGUCUGAUACAAAACACUCCACUAACCAAGCACUCAUAGAUAUAACUGAAACCAUACGUGAGGCUUUAGAUCAUAAACAGUUUGCUGGUGGAGUGUUUGUUGAUUUGCAAAAAGCAUUUGAUACUGUCGACCAUGAAAUCCUAUUAUCAAAGCUGUAUCAUUAUGGUGUAAGGGGAAUUGCUCUGAACUGGUUUAAGUCAUAUCUAAAUCGUCGUCCUCAAAGUGUUACUAUUGAAAAAAGAAGAGUAGGAAAUUGUUCUAAUGUUAAAGUACCCUCAUGUGAUAAUGGCGAAUCAUCUUUUGAUAUAAAUUUGGAGUCUGAUACAGAAUCAUCAUCAGGUUCAGAAUAUAAUGAGUCAAUUGCUAUUUCAACAUAUAAUUUAAGAAAGCUGGAUAACUUUGCUUUAGAGUGUGUUCGGUAUGCGAUAUCGAGUGAAGCUGCUGCAGCUCUUGGUAAUGGACUUUUAAAAGAUCUUGGAGUUAUUACUAAAACUGAUAGAACUGAUGUUUUAGAUAAAAGUAAAAUGGAUAGAGCUAAAAAAAGGGUUUGUCUUCAGUCUGUUGCUGAACACAAUAUCAUAGUGCAAAAUCUAUCAUGUAUUGGAUGUGACAGUAAGGAUGAUAAAGGUAGCCUGGUUUAUAGAAGUAUGUUGCCAGAUAGUAUUAGCAAAAAAAAUAAAUUAAUAGAAAAGGUUUAUUAUCUAAGUUUUACAGUAGAAUCGGGAGAAAUGAAAGGUAGAUAUCUGACACACAAAGAUAUUUUAAAUGCCACAGGAGAAAAUUUAGCGCAGUCUACUUUUGAAGUGUUAAAACAAUACAACAGUGUUGAUUCUUUGUUAGGAAUUGUUUUUGACAUUACAAAUGUCAACACUGGAUAUAAAACUGGCCUUUGUGCCAGCCUUGAAAAAAAACUUGGCAGAACAAUUCAUAAAAUUGGCUGUGCACUUCAUAGCAACGAGUUACCUUUGCGCCAUAUUAUGAGCAGCUAGAUGGCGGUACAAACACUUCGCAAACAUUUUUUGGUGAAAUUGGAAAAGGUGCAGCACAAGACCUUCAUCAUAAACCCAUUGCCAAAUUCGAACCUGUUUUGACUUCUUUAGUUUUUCCAGAAAAUAGUGUGAUCAAUAACUUAAGUUCUGAUCAAAGGUUGUUGCUGAAAUAUGUGUGUGGUAUAAGUUCAGGUAAGCAUAUCCUAUUAUAAUUUAUUGCUAAAAAAGAACAUUUAAAUCUAUUUAAAUUUAGGUGUUGUAAAUCCAGUUUACGCUCAUUAUAAAAUUGGUCCAGUUAAUCAUGCUAGGUGGCUGACAUUAGCAAUACGUAUUUUAGUUUUGUAUUCAAGAACAGAACAACCUACUCCUGUCCUUAAAGAGAUAGUAAAUUACAUACAGACAGAGUAUGGCCCCACAUGGUUUGCUAUUAAGAAAUCAAAGAAUUUUACUGAAGGGCCAAAAAUUUUAUACACAACAUUAAAAAAUAUAAAAAAUUUUAGCCAAACUAUACAAUACAUUAUACUACCUGUUGUUUUAAGAAAUGCGUAUUGUCUUCUUCCAGAAAACUUUCUUUUAUCCCUUUUUGUUGAUGAUUUGAAAGAUACGAAACAGAGCAGUUAAGCUGAUUUUAAAAUGUCGAGAUAAUCCUCCGGCUGCCCCAGUUGAUAGAAUAUAUGGUGGUAUCAGAGAAUUAACAAAAUCCCAAAUAUUGAAAAUCUUGAAAUUGAAUGUGACACAUGGGCAGAUCUGCUUUCUGAUGAUAAACUGAUCUAUGAACUUCCUGCUACUAAGAACCUGACUUAUCUGGAACUACUCAAUACAAUUGAAUGUAAACCAGAUCCUUGUGAGCUUGGUUGGGACUUUCCGCUACAUAGUCAGUCUGUUGAGCGUGCUGUAAAGCUUGUUUCUGAGGUUUCAAAAAAAGCCUAUUCUUUACAGAAUAGACAUGGUUUAGCAGUAGGGAAGCAAAAAAGUCGAAUAUCAAGAAAAAAGUUUUAUUCAAAAAAAGAUUACGAUGUAUAGUA